UAGAGGAGAAGUAGGAAAUAACCGCAGAGUUGUCAGGAUCUAGAAAACUAUCUCAAUUGUUCAUGACUUAUUUGGAAUUGGUUUUAAAAAUUUUAAACAAAAAUUUUAAAGUUGGAUAGUUACAGAUUGAAAGAAGAAUAAAGGAAGAUUAUAGGGAUUAGUUACUAUCAAGCAACUGAGAUAAUUAUCACUGGGGCAGUGUUUGUUUCUAUACGUUUCAUUGACUCUAAGGCGAAAGGGAGAGAAAAACAUUAUUGAGGACUAACCAAUGAGAGUUCUUUAAAGGUAUUCAUUAUUGAGAGAUGGCUGAAGUGGCUGAAAAUAAUCGCUAACUGACUAGUAAAUGAUGGAACAUCAGCUGUGUCAUUACAGUUUGCUAUAACUAAAUAGCCUGGCCCUGAUCCUGUACCUGACAUGGGAAUUGUGCAGAGAUCUGGGUAUCCCACUGCAGCUGAACUCCAUGUAGCCUCUGCCUGCAUCCAGGAUUUAGGACAGCACCUUCAGUUUCCAUCACAUUACCACCGUGCAUUUAUUUUCUGUUUCUGGUUUCUGAAGAUCCCUACUUUAUUUUUGCCUGUCUCAUACCUUAGGGAAAAGCCUUCAACCAAAUAUUGGGACUUGGAGCCCAGCUUUCAAAAGGAAGGUCACCCUAAUUGCCCAUCAUGGUUGCUACAGAGGCUAUGCCUGAUGAAGCAGAAUGUCCUGUAUUCGAGAUCAAGCAAGAUUUUUUUCAAGAAGCAAAAACUCUCAUUGCCCAACAUUAUGAGAAAAUAAAUGAGAAUAAAAUUCAAGGUACUUCUAUAAAUGUUUUUAAAAAUAAACAUCAAAACCCCAAAUCUGGCAAAUUCAUACCUUUGGAGAUUAAAAAAAAGGAAACACUUGAUGUGGUCCAAGAAUUUCGGACAGCACACAAAAGUAUUUGUUUUCCCAAAUACCUGUUCAAAAGUGAACAUUUUAAGGAGCCCUCACAACGAACUUCUUUCAAGGAGCCAGACAUUUUUAGUGUAAAGGAAAAAUUCAAGGACUGUAUGGAUCUAAUCACAAAAGAACAAGUUAAACUGGGUAAAAUAGUGACAAAUAUUGAAUCAGUGGGUAAAAAAAUGGAGAAAGAAAAGCAUCAGCACCAUGGGAAGUCCAGAUUGUUGGUCUCACCAUUUGCCGCCCACAUCAUCAACCUUGGCUUGCCCUUAGAAUCCAUGACCUCCUCUUCCAUGGGGCUUCUGAAAGAAUAUGACAAAACAUUCUCCGAUUGGAAAGGAAUCAUGCCAACAAAGUCUUCCCGUUUGACUCCUCCCCCAAGCUGGCCUAGUUUGUAUGGGUCAUCAUCAGUGUUUCCGGAUUACUGUCCUAAAAUCUUAAAGAAGAAGGAUCAACAACCUAUCAAACCAAAGCCAGGACCAAAGCCAGGACCUGGGCUGAAGUCUAUUCUAAGUAAAAGUGGCAAACUCGACAAUAAAGUUAAAAGGAUUGGACCACACAUAGAAAUUUUCCAAGUGUUCCGGGAAAGGACCAAACUCAUAAAUAACAAAAAAGUAGUUAGAAUGAUCACCAUCAUGCAAGCCUAUGUCAGAGGAUGGCUUGAACGCAAAAGAUUGCAGAGAAUAAUGAUCAAGGCUUUGUCUCAUGGACCAAAUUUGAGAGCAGUUAUAAAGAUGUAUCGUAGACAGAUCCAUCGUGUUAAAUAUCGACUUGGUCUUUGGAGGACAAGACAAAUUAUAAACUUUGCAGAGCUAGAGGAAUGGAUGGACAGAAAAAAGUUCUAUGAAACAAUGUUUGCUAAGAGAGAAGAUUGGCAAGGAUUAGAAAGAAGUGAGCUUCUCAAGUUCUUCAAUGACUGUGGUCAUUUCCCAACCCAGCAGCAAAUUGACGAGGUUUGGGACCUGGUCCAUAGAGACCAUGAGAAAUAUUCUGAACUCAUCAAGAAGUACAAUGCAAUUGAAAUGUUAUUUACACUCUAUCCUCCUCAAGGUGCCCACGUGCAUAAUAAUAUACGACUUAGGUCAACUUGGCUGAGACCCAUAGUAAAUGGGGAAGAAGGAUACAGAUAUAUAGUGAAUGGACAUCCAAUACUCAAAAGAGCUAACAUCCGAAUUGUUGGAAAGUUAGUAUCCAGAUCUAUAAGAGAAAGGAAAAUGAGACAUUUAUCGCGAGAAGUAGAAUAAUGUUUCAAUACAAUUUUAUUAUCUUAAGAGUUGAACCUUUCUACCAAAGAGAUUAUGUUAACAUCAGCCAUAGAUUAAUUAUGUAUCACCAGGAAAAAAAAUGACAAGCAUCUCUGGACAUCAAAGAAAAGAUUUCAACAAGUCAGUUCAUAAUUUCUAAAUAUCUUUGGAUGAACCAUUCAUUGGAUCUUCUUCAUAAAAAGCUACUGUUUUAUCAUACUGAAAUUGAAACCACCUAGUAUCAAGUAUUCCUUUCAUUGGACGUUAAUUUCUUGUGUUCCA